CGUCGUCGUCGUCGUCGUCGUCGCCCAUCAUGGCCUUUGGCUGGGCAGAGAUUCGAUCUCUGCUCCUCGUCUUCGGCCCCAUCCUCCUCCCGAAAGUCAUCUCCGCCUACAAAUCCAUUCGCGAUGCCUCCCGCCAUAGAGCCCAACCCAUCGCCCCCCCGCCCCCCGUCGCUCGCGCGCUGGCCAUCCUGACGGGCGUCGUUCUCGUCUACCUCGCCAAGUCGCUGCCGCCGUUCGCGCCCGAGAACGUCUUCGCCCUCACGCAGUCUCGCCUGCAGAUCCCCGUCGACGUGCUCUUCAACCGCCUCUCCUCCCUCCGGCCCGAAGGCCUGCUGUCGGCCGCCGACGAGCGCCUCCGCGCCCGCUUCGUCAACCUCGAGUCCCGCCUGCUGUACCUCCACCUCGGCCCGGACACCCUCGCCGACUGCCCCUUCUGCAAGUCCGAGGACCCAAAGUCCUACUUCUACUACGCCCUGCCCGCCAUCAUCCUCCCGCACCUCGUCAACCUCAUCGUCCUCGCCGCCGUCACCUCCUCCGCCCUCACCGGUCGCGACGGCGCGCGGUGGCGGCCCUACGCGACCAUGGCCGCCGCCGCCCUCGCCUUCGCCGACGCCUGCCUCGUCAACUCGUACGACUACUCGGCCAACUCGACGGCCACGCGCCUCCAGGACCUCGACUUCUUCUACUGGAAGGCCCGCGCGCUGCGCCUCGUCGGCCUGGCCACCCUCGACGCCGGCAUCGGCGCGCUGCUGUUCCUGAGCGCCACCCGCCGCGCCUUCGUGCUGCCGCCCUCGGACGCCGAGCGCAUCGAGGCCGGCAACCGCGCGCUGAUGACGGUCAAGAGCAAGCUCAGCGCGCUGGGCAUCGUCAAGAACACCGCCCUCCGCGACGAGGAGCUGCGCGCCCGGAGCCAGGCCUACUGGCUGCGCGAGGGCCAGAUGGUGCGCGAGGCCAUGGAGGAGCGCGAGGUCGUCGAGAGCGUCAACGAUGCCCUCGAGAACCGCAUCAACAUCCGCCAGGUCACGGCCGACGCAGAGAUGUACACCGAGGGGGUCUUUAAGCUGCCCGGGGGGAUGGCCCAGGCGCAGUAGACUGGGUGUGCGUGUGCGUGUGUGUGUGUGUUAGUCGAUGGAACAGCAGCAUGUGUAGAGAGGUUCGAGCCAGCACCCGCUUUCCCAGGGUCCCCGGAAAGCAGAAUACGUGCAGUUAGGACCCCGGCUGGCUGAACCUCGUGGCCGUCCGGAGCGGGCAGACUCUCCGAGGCAGUCACAUAUGGGGGGGCGGCGGGGGAAUAUAUAGACAAAUGCGCCACAACCCGGAAUUGAAGACCACGUUUUUUUUUUCU